GGGAGUUUCACUGCAGCCUGGCCGACACAGACACCCGUUUCUGAGGCCAUCGGACCCCUCUCGCCCGUGGGGAGAAGCCAACAUGUGGCAGCUUUGCCCAGAUGAAUGACUUUCCAGGCUGUAUGCUGACUCCAGGAACCGAGAAGGAACUUCUUCCCAAGGAAAAGGAAAAUGUCGUAUGCCCAGGUCCUUGCCCUGGCAGUGGCUGUGGUGCAGUACAGAGCCAUGGCCGUUCAUGAAGCAUGCAGGACGGCGGAGGUGGCCGACAUUUUGUUCCUCGUGGGGCAGUCACAGGGCGCAGGGAGGGAGAGCUCCAAGCUGGUCAAGGACUUCAUCAGCAGCAUGGCUCGUUCCUUUGAGAACGUGGUGAUGGGCAAAGGAGGCAUCCGGCUGGCGGUGGCACUCUACGGGGAGAAACCAAGGAUGAGUAUUGAGCUCACGGAUUAUGUGAACAUCGAAGAAAUGCUGGUGGCAAUUCAGGAUCUCUCCCUCAAAGGCAGCAGCUUAAAAACAAGGUCAGCUCUGGCAUUUGCAGCUCAUGCCAUGUCUCGCCUGGACACGCUGCGAGAGGAUGCAGCAAAGGUAGUUGUUUUGAUCACGGACGGGAAAUCCAGCGACUCAGUUGAUGACGAAGCCCAGAUCCUGCAGGAUCAGGGAGUGACAGUGUUUGCUGUAGGAAUUAAGGAUGCUGACAAGAAUGAACUGAACAAGAUAGCUUCAGAGCCCACUGCAGAGCAUGUGCUUUACGUUGAAGAUUUCCACUUACUCCACAAUGUGGCCCCCAAACUCUCUCGAAGGCUCUGUUUCACUGCCUCAGAGCCACCACGGCCCAUCAAGCAGACUGUGCAAGCUGAGAAGAUCAUCGGCCCCCGGGAUUUGCAUGUCAGUGAGCAGAGCCACAGCUCGCUGCGACUCACGUGGAUGCCAGCAACAGGGAGGGUGACAGGGUACCGUGUCCAUCUGCAUCCCUUGCUGCCUGCAGGGCAGCCAGUUUCAAAGGACCAGCAGCAGAUUGUGGUGGAUGGUGACAAAAGUACCGUGCUGGUGACUGAUUUGAAACCCAACACCAAGUAUGUCUUUACGGUGAGGGCCGUCUAUGCAGAUGCCCUGGGGGAGUCAUCAGCUGUCAAGGGGAAAACAACACCUGUGCCUCCAGUCACUAAUUUUCGUGUGAUAGAAGAAGGACUUUUUAGCUUGAAGGUGGCUUGGACGCCUCCACUGGGCAAGCUGGAAGGCUACAAGAUCUACAUCCCCAGAGCCAACAGACCAGGAAUGACAUACGAGCAGGUUCUGCGGGGUGAUGUGUCUUCCCACGUGCUGGAUAACUUGCAGGAGGAUAGAGAAUACAAAAUUGGCAUCUACGCAGUGUACCCCCAGGGACCAAGCCAGCCUGUGACUGCUGUGGGGAGAACAUUGAAGCUCCUGCCAGUGAAAAACAUCUUGCUGCAGAACGAGACCACCGACACACUUCAGGCAAGGUGGAGCCCCAUCCGGGGAGCAACAGGGUACAGGCUCACCUGGACAUCAGCAGAGGGCAGCAUCCAGGACGUGAACCUCAGCAACAUCUACAGCUACUACAUGAUCCAGGGGCUGCAGCCUGGCACAGAGUACACUGUCACCAUAAACCCAAUCUUUGGGGAUGUUGAGGGGCCGGUGGUGAGCGGUAAAGCAACAACAGUGGCAUCAAGCACUGUCCAGAUGCUGAAAGUGAGUGAGAUAUCCAUCCACAGCGCUCUGGUCUCCUGGGACUCAGUUGCUGGGGCCACCGGGUACCGAAUGGCUUGGGGUCCUACACCAGAGUUCUUUGGCAAAGACCGUCCUCGCCAGCUGGCCCUCAACAAGUCAAUCACAGCCUACCAGCUCCGCAACCUGGCCCAUGACACCGAGUAUGUGAUUUCCCUCUAUGUGCUCUUUGGCUCAGUGGAGGGACCAGGGAUCACAACCUCAGCCAGGACAUCGCCUCUUGGCUACGUCUCCAAUUUCAAGGUGAUGUCCUACACCAGCACGAGCCUGUCUAUCGCAUGGAGUGCCACAGCAGCUGCCACCAAAUUCAAAAUCACCUGGAGCCCUGUGGGAGCAGGCAAAGAAAACCAGAUUGCCAAGACUCAGUACCUGGGCAGUAGAGUGUUGGCUUACCGGAUCGACCACUUGCUGCCUGACACCCUGUAUAAAGUCAGCAUUCGGGCUGUCUUCAGCAAGACCGAGGGGCCGGAGGUGACUCUGACUCACCGCACAGCAUCUUUUGCAGAUUCCAACCCCAUCCAGACCAUCCAAGAUCUGAGGAUUACUGACAGUAGCGUAAAUAGCUUGAAGCUGUCUUGGAGGAGGCUUCCUGGGGUAACUCACUAUAAGAUAACCUGGGUGCCAUUCAAUGGUGGCUUGGAAACCUCCCAGCUUGUUGCAGCAGAGACAGUCUCCUUCACGAUCCCCAAACUGAAGGAGAGCACCACCUACACCAUCUGCAUGUCUGCAAUGAUUGGGGGACGGGAGGGAAGCCCCACCCUCCUCACAGCCAAAACCUUGGAUUUACCCAAAGUGACUGAGUUCACAGUGCAGGAGGCUGCAGAGACCAGCGUUUUGCUGACUUGGGCAGCUGUUCCUGGAGUAUCCACGUACCUAUUAACAUGGCGCUUGGCCUCAGCUUCUGAUCUUUCCCAGGAACUGUUAUCAGCAGCUUCUAGAUCGUAUCGAGUGACGGGACUGAGUGCCAAAGAAGUGUAUUUGUUUUCUAUACGACCAGUCUUUGGAGAUACGGAGGGACCAGAGACAACACUCCUUGGGCAAACAGUGGGACCUCACAGAGAGUCACCUACACCAAUCGCUCCCGUGACUUCUACAAAAUUGGAUACAAUGAGAUCCCCAUCCAUGUCACCUAGCAAUGUGGGCACCACUCCUCUUCCACUGGCCACGACCACAAUGCUACCACCAACUCCACAGACCCUACUGUCGACCACUGUAGUGUCUACACUGCUGACAACUCACCCUGGGCCAAUCUGUGGCAAGUUCAAAGCAGACAUUGGGUUCCUGGUGGACGAGUCCUCAAGUAUUGGCCAGAGCAAUUUCAAUAAAGUGAAGGAUUUCGUCUUCCGGAUCAUUUCCUAUUUCCCUAAGAUUGGGCCUGAAGGGACACAGGUUGCUGUUGCACAGUACAGCGAGGAGCCCAGGGCGGCCUUCCACUUCAACCAGCACCGGGACCGCAACGGUGCCCUGAAAGCCAUCAAGGGGCUGCACUAUGCUGGAGGCAACACAAAAACAGGUCGUGGUAUAGCCUACAUGCUAAAGGAGUUAUUUCAGUCCUCCAGAGGGAUGAGACCAGAUUUCCCUCAUGUGCUGGUGCUUGUGACAGAUGGGCGAUCCCAGGAUGAUGUGUUGCCACCAGCCAGAGUAGCCCAUGCUUUGGGGAUCCGCAUCAUUGCUGUGGGUGUCUCAGGAGCUGACCCCGUUGAGCUCAACACCAUCUUGCUGCAGCAGAACCUCCAGAAUGUUUUCUACGUCAGCACAUUUGAUGACUUCCCCCAGAUCCUCCAAGAGCUGAUAGAAGUCAUUUGUUCUGACCCGCAGCCUUCAGGAGCCCAGCUGCCAUCUGGGGAGGUUGCCAGACAUGAAGCCAACAAGCAAUCGCCAUUUGGUGACACAGAGAGCAAGCCACGCAUCCCUGAUCCAUCAUCAGCUGAACCACAUAUCCAAAAAAAAGAGGAGGCUUGUGGUCCCUGGUGUUUAAAGAGCUUCAGGGGCUCACCAGCUCAUGGAGGCUAUGACCCAUACAGCUUUACUAUAAAGGGAGAGAAAGGAGAGAGGGGUCUACCUGGGAAGGAUGGCAUUCCUGGGCUGCCGGGCAGACCAGGGCGGACAGGUCCUCCCGGUCCCCCUGGACUCAUGGGUCUCCCUGGCAUCCAAGGUGACAUUGGAUCUCCUGGCUAUCCUGGACCAGUGGGGCCAAAAGGAGACAGAGGCGAACCAGGCUAUGUCCUGGGAGGAGUGGAAGUGAUUCCCGGCCAGAAUGGGCAGCCUGGCCCCACUGGACAGAAGGGGCAGCCGGGGGUUCCUGGAGUAGCAGGACCACCAGGUUUACCAGGUUUACCAGGGCCACAGGGACCACCAGGCAUCUCCAUCAAGGGUGAACCAGGAGAUUCAGGUAUCAGGGGCCCUCGUGGGAGGAAUGGCCUCAAGGGUGACCGAGGAGGCAUGGGAGAGCCGGGGAAACCUGGCUUGCCAGGCCCUGUAGGGCUAGAUGGUGUUCCUGGACUGCCUGGACCAAGGGGAGAAAAGGGGGUGAUGGGACCUCCAGGAGCACCAGGACCAAAGGGUAACAAAGGGCAAGGUGGCGUUAAAGGGGAAAAGGGGAACCCAGGAUUUCCAGGUGCUCCAGCUAUGGGGGUUUUGGGACCUCCAGGCAAGAAAGGUGUCCGGGGAGAUAUUGGACCAACAGGGGCCCUGGGACCACAAGGAGACAAAGGAAUACAAGGAGACAAAGGAGAGAAGGGAAGUCCAGGUUUCGGCAUUCCUGGUCAACCUGGGCUAAAGGGAGACCCAGGCGAUCGGGGAAAUGUGGGUUUAUCUGGCAAACCAGGUCAGAAGGGGGAUAUAGGUCUGAAGGGAGAGAAAGGUGAACCAGGAUUACCUGGGAAACCAGGCGAGACCGGACUAAGAGGUAAAGAUGGAGAACCAGGGAAGAAAGGCACCUUUGGGACCAAGGGAGAAGCUGGUGUCCCUGGAGAACCAGGAGAGAGAGGAAUCAGGGGUCCGCCUGGACUCCCAGGACGACCUGGAGAGCAGGGGCUAAAAGGCGAUACAGGACAGCCUGGAAAGGAUGGAAUCACUGGAGAGAAGGGAGACAAGGGCGAAUCUGGUGAGCCUGGGCUGCCUGGGACUCCUGGAAGCAUUAUGUCUUCUCUGGAGAACACCAUCAUCCUGAAAGGCAACAAGGGGGAUCGCGGAAAGGAUGGCUUGAAAGGCGAAAGAGGUCCUCCAGGCCCAAAGGGAGAACCUGGUCCACCAGGCAAAGGAGUGGAAAUGAAGGAUCUGGAGAGGCUUCUUGAAGCAAAUGGUAUCAAGCUGUCACUGCUGAAGGACCUCUCCAACAUAAUCCUGCGGGAUGGGCUGGAUAGGCUGGUGCAGCAGCUGGGUGGCUCCAGGAAAAGCAAGACCUCCAGGAGAAAGCAGGCACCUCUGCAUGCCACUAAGCAUGGCGAUUCACUGGUGUUUGAUACUUCUCGUGAUGCCCUGGACAGCACCGAAGUGACAGAGGAAACAUGGAGUUUGGAGGGUCCAUCUGCUGGUGGUUCUGAACCUGAGUACCAGUCCCUAGGAAACCCUUCUGAGUCCUUCGAGAAAACAUCUGAGGAAAGAAGGAAGGAGCGAGACUCAAGAGGGACAAACACUUCUCUCAGCAGUAGCUUGGUUGUGCCUCCACCACACCCAGAAGAUGAUCUGCAAGGAAACCAGUCCAUGGAGCUUCUCGAGUCCUUGGAGGAGAUGGUGGAAGGACAACCACAGCAGGAUACCAGCCAUGAAAACGUGAAUUCAGAUGAUGGCUCUGCAUUCCCAAGGCACGUUAGAGCCAGGAGAUCUGCUAAGCACGAGACACACAUGGUUCAUCCCCCCGGUGCUCCAGGAGCUCGGAAAUCCUCAUCGGGAUCCACGGCAUACCCAGGCCCUCAUCACCCGAGGAGAAUUAAGAAGAAGGAAACUGGCCCAGCAGAUCCACCCUCCCAUGGCCAAAAGGGAGAAAUGGGAGCUCCAGGAGUCCGUGGAGACAAAGGAGAAAAGGGGCAACCUGGGGAGAUGGGGGAACCUGGAGAAAAGGGCACUAAAGGAGACAGAGGUGAAAAUGGUCAAAAGGGAGAACCAGGAAUUGGGUUCAGAGGUCCUGUUGGCCAGGCUGGGCCACCUGGAUUUAAGGGUGAGCCAGGGGCCCCAGGACCUCCAGGAGCUCAGGGCAUUCAGGGCAUUCGCGGCAAUGCCGGCACCCCUGGGUCACAGGGGGACAGAGGGGCUCCAGGUCUGCCUGGGAUGCCAGGACAGAAGGGGGAGCGUGGGAAGAGAGGACGGAAUGGAUUUGCUGGGCCCUCAGGACCAUCAGGAUCCCCAGGAAAAGAGGGAAUUCCUGGGACACCCGGACCCAAAGGCAGCAAGGGAGAAAUUGGUGUUGGAACGGCUGGCCCAAGAGGUCCCCGCGGACUGCCUGGCCCUCGGGGUGACGAGGGCAUCGUGGGAGUCCGGGGCCCCACUGGCAUGAUGGGUCUAAAAGGCUUCCCAGGUGUGAAAGGUGAAAGAGGUGAUCGGGGACUUCUGGGACCCAAGGGAGAAAGAGGUGAGCCCAUGACUGGUUUUGGACCCCAGGGCUAUAAAGGCAAUAAAGGAGAUCCUGGUGAACGGGGCCUGCCAGGUUUUGAUGGAGACAAAGGCGAGAAGGGAGAGGAUGGGCCUGUAGGAGAAAAGGGAGUCAAAGGUGAAGCUGGCUCCAAAGGAGUGAUGGGGCUUUUCGGAACAAGAGGACCAGUGGGACAGAAGGGGGAGCCAGGAGAACCAGGCUUGCCGGGCUCUGCUGGUGCAGCAGGUCUCGAUGGGAAGAAUGGAAACAAGGGAGCCAAAGGCGACAGAGGUCUUCAGGGGCAGAAGGGGAAGCCGGGAGGGAUAGGUGAUCCUGGGACCACUGGUGACAUUGGGCAGAAAGGAACAAAGGGCUUACGGGGGCUUCCAGGACGCAUCGGCACUCCCGGAGCCAAAGGCAUCAAGGGAGAAAUUGGCAGUCCUGGAAAACCAGGAAUCCCAGGAUCAGAUGGACCAUAUGGACCAAAGGGUGAACAGGGAGCAUCAGGGGACAAUGGUGCCUUGGGGAUUCCUGGGGAGAAAGGAGAAAAGGGGGCCAAGGGAGUCCCCGGCUUGGGAGGCUUCAAAGGACAAAUGGGAUGGCCUGGGAAGACUGGAGUCGCUGGACCAGAUGGACCUCAAGGGCCACAGGGCGAACCAGGGCCACAGGGUCCACGAGGGAAAAGAGGGAGACCUCAGCUCUGCCUCAGGGGUCCCCCAGGCAUGGAUGGUCAAAAAGGAGAAAUGGGUGAAAAUGGUCCAGCUGGCCAGAAAGGAGAAAAGGGAGAUCCUGGUCUUUCUGAGGAAGAGGUGAAGGAGGUGGUCAGGAGCGAAAUGAGAGGCAGAUGCGAUUGUGGAGGUGAGUUGGGAAGGAUGCUCGUGGAAAGAGGUCUGGAGGCAGCUGAAAACAACAGGCAGCUCCAAGGGUAUUUUCAGCCUCCGGAACACACCAGAAGGGAUGGUGAAAGCCAGGAAGAAAUGCUUAACAAAACUCAGAGCAUCACCACGUUGGUGACUUUGGUGAAGCCCUUCAUGGAGCCACCUUCGCUUAUUGCAGCGGCUCCCCAGGCGCAGCAGAUAACAGGUCCCUCUCAGCACAAGCGCCGAGAAGCUCACAGUCAAUUACCAGCCCCCUGCCUGCAGCCGAUGGACGAGGGCUCCUGCCGGCACUACGCCCUGCUCUGGUAUUACCACCCAGAGGCCAACGCCUGCCGGCCCUUCAUCUUCGGGGGAUGUCGAGGGAACAGCAACCGCUUUGAAACCAAAUGGAAAUGUGAGCGGCGGUGCAAAACCUCAGCAGUCAGGGGGAGGUGAUCGGCUGCAAUUGCCAUCUUUGAAGAAAAAAGAAACAGAGCUGCAAGAAGUGUCUCCAGGACAUCUCAGAGAGUGGACAAGCAAGAUAAACCAUUUAAUGUGAAGAGGCAAGGGGUGUGUGAAAGGUGUUGGAAAACUGUAAUCAUGAGCAGGAAAUAAAGUGGUAUGAGGAGAA